AUGUCGGUCGAGAGUAAUACAAAAUCUGAAAUAAACGAUAUAACAAUUUCCAAGCAACCAAAUGAAAAUCUAUCUCGGAAAAGUGAAGAUGAAACAACUUUGGAAAACACUGACGAGGAAACACAAUCUGAUGCUUUCAAUCCAGAUACCGGUGAAAUCAAUUGGGACUGUCCAUGCCUGGGAGGUAUGGCUAAGGGUCCUUGUGGGGAACAAUUUAAAGCUGCUUUUUCAUGUUUCAUAUAUUCGAAAGCUGAACAGAAAGGAGCUGAUUGCUUAGAUGCUUUUAAAGAAAUGAAUGAUUGCUUUAAAAAAUAUCCUGACGUGUACAAAACUGAACACGACGAUAAUCUCGAUGAUCUCGAUGAUCUCGAUAAUAAAGAAGAAUAG